UUAUUUAGUCUGUGCUUUUUUGUUUCAGGUUUUUUGUUUUUUUUUUUUUCCUUGUCCUCUAAAUUUUGAAAUCGUUACUGGCGAGUCUGAUUAUAAACAAGACACUCCCUCAUGCUGAUGAUAAGUUGAAAUCUGCCUUGGGACAAUUGCCUCUUUCUUAGCAUGAUGUCGGUGGAAAGCCUGAAAAUGCUGCCACACAGCAGCUUGCUUUCUCAGCUAGAAAAGGAAUGUUUAUUGUUGGUGGCUUAUUCGGUCCUUAGCAUUAUAGAAAUUGAUUGUGUCGUAAUAUUCAUUCAAAUUGCCCUGGCUCUUUGUGGUUAUACCCACAGUCAGCAGGGUAUCAUAGUGUGUUCAUAGCUUGAGCAUGUCAAGACGUAUUUUGCUGAACCUAGGCCUUGAUCAGAUGGAGAGGUUGCUUCCUGCUUUCCACUGCUGGUUUUUGGUGCAUGUUUGUGUCAUGCAGAAACAAAAAUGAAACAAAGGUAUUGGUAUUAUAUACAGGUUUUGGGCUGAGACAGGUGUACGGUUUGUCAAAGAGGUGAUUUUGUGUGUCGUGUCCUAUUGCCUCAGCCCCAGUCAGAGGAUGUGAUUACAGUAAUAGCAGACAAUGUCUGAAAAGAAUCUAGCAUGAGGAUGGUACUUUCUCCUCUCUCAGGAGUUUGCAAUCUGUAUUAAUUUUUUUUUUAAGGCAAACGCCUAUUGUGUACUUUUAUCAGUUGCGUCUUUAUGGGAAUAGCAUGAAAAGGAUCACUGCCAUCCUGUCUUUGUCAUCACCAUUUUGUCUCUGUUUCAUGUAAUUGCUGAUUGUUUUUAUAGCAACACACUCCUAUAUCCUUAUGUGAAUUUAGUGUCUAAUUUAUUGAGACAGGACUGUCUUGUAUAGUGGAUUUUAUGAACAUGUCCUUUCUCACGUCAAAUAUUUUAGCAUUUAAUUGUCAUGCGAAAAAAAAAAAAGCUUAAAUAACUUUGGGUUUGUUUUCAGGGUUGAACUUUUUUAAAGUGUGUUUCAGGAAAGCUGUUGCUAGACUGAAGGACACAGAUUCUCCCACCCUUCUCCCCCAGACUCUCUACCCCUACUAAGCUAAUUAAACAUGCCUUGUACUAGAUGGCAGAUGAUGCUUUGCAGUAUGUAUGUACAUGCUGUUGGCCUGUUUUACUCGGUCCAGGAAGCUGAUACCAUGCCUGAAGUCUGAUUUGGGCCUUUUGCCCCAAAGCUUUAGCAUUAUGGCUUCAAAAUAAAAUUGUGUAAAUUCCACAUGUUAAUCCAGUGUGCUUUUUGCCCUGUGACCCACCUGUCUGUUCUCAAUAUGACCUUAAUCUACCCCAUCUUCCCAGAAGGAAACUUGCUCCUUAUGUUUCUGUUUUUCUCUUAGAAGUAUUCCCUCCAGCUCUGUCAUUGCAUGACGGGGAUAAUGUUUGUCAUGAACUGCUGUCAGCUGGAAUGGAGGAGAUCAGGCACUGGUCAGGUUUAAGCAGUCUUCUAAAGAUUGACCUGCUGCUCUCGUAUGACACUGCAGGGUUUGGCAAAUAGCAAUGAUCAUUUUUCUUCUCAUGUGUGCAUAUGUAGAUGGCUUGGAAUGAGGGGAAGUAGAAAUACUAAUUUCUGCAUAGCUUCUGUAUUAUGAAUCUGAUAUGUGUAUUGUUCAUGCCAUAUUAAAUCUGUCUGAAAUCUUGUGUAUGUUGAGGUUCAAAGUAUGAAAACUCAUAUCUUUUUAUGAAGUUCUGAAGAAAUAAAACUAAUAUAUCUAAAGGGCUUUAGCAGACAAAAUAUGUUGAAGUCUGGCUGUGACUGUUUGAUAUGUCUUCUGUUGCUGUACCUGGUAGAGACUAUCAUCAGGCCCCUGCUGAAAGAUUAGAAGAGAAUGUGUGCCUGCAGUUCAUGCAAUUUAUUUUAGAAUUUGGCUUUUUAGAUUGGUUUUAUCUUCAGUGUCAGCUUUGAAACCGAGAUUCGGGACCUUUUUGUGAUAUGAUGGAAGUGCAGAUAUGGGUCCAUAGUGGAAGAGAAGCCUUUCUGACAGUACUGUAGUCUAAAGUCUUUUUUUACUACAAUAUGUUAGCGAGCAUUUACAUGGUAGCUAAAAAUGGAUAUAAAAAGAUACUAUUUUUAAGUGGAGCUUUUUGUCUAAGUCUAUUGUAGUAAAUUUAGCCUUUAAAUAAGUUGUCAAAUUUAAAUAAAAUAGCUUUGCUAAUAAGUAAUGUGAGUACAUAGUGCUUGAAUAUUUUUUUUGCUGAAGUUUUAAAGCACAUCAGAUCACUGAAAUGAGGGAAAUUGCUGGGUAAAUAAUUGGAUUCAGUUUGCUGAAGGAGCAGGUCAGCUUGGAACAGAUUUUCUUCAGUAGGCAUAGAUGGAAAAUUGUGUGUUCAUUUCAGUAUAGUUAAUGUCAAUUAUUUUUUUACAAGGAGAAACUGAAAAGGGUUGUUUUCCUCUUACAAAAUGUAAAAAAAAUGAAAUGUGAUGCUGAGAUCAGCUCGCUGUUGAUGUAGUGAUGCUGAAUCCAGAAAGUCAGCUCAGUUCACUAGCCAAAGGUUAAGUGUUGAAGCAAGAUUGAAAUGACAGAAAAACAUCAAAUGAGCCACACUCAGUGCUGAAUAGGAUCAUGGCACAGACUGGAAGCCAUUAAUGAGUUGGAAGAAUCCAGGAAUUUCAAGCUUUGAAUAACAGGCAUCUUAUAAAAUCACCACAGCUAAACUGAAAAGGCAGAUACAUCUCAGAGUACCUGGUUGAGUGAGCUGGUGUGUGCACAGCAUGUACAUGAAAAUGCACAUGUUUUUCUCAUCGCAUAGACUUACUCCUGCAUAUUCCUGAGACCUUUGCAAUUGAUGAAAAUUAAUUUGAGAGCCAGAUGGAGCACCUUUACAACACAGCAAUCAGUAACCCAUGGAAAGACACCUGCUAGUAAUGUUCAGCUUUCCACAUGGUCUUCACGGGUGAAAACAGUUUGCAAGAAGAGGAAGAAAAAACACCCUCUGCACAGAAAAAGCCUAACAAAUACCUCCACAAUCUAAAUUAAUAGCUGUGAGGAAGACAAGAAAAAUACAGAGGGUAGAAGAAACUGACUUUGUUAUUGCAGAAGAAUAAUGUAUGGUCUUUGCCCCUUUUUGCUCUGGGCUCAAUAGAUUGUGAAUGGACUAAUAAAUCGUGACCACAUGUUGAGUAAUGAUGACUGGAAGUAAAUAAGUUGAGGAACUAUGGGACAACUCUGGGCAUUGAACUGAGCAAACCUCAUCGUCCUUCUUGAGUUAACCAGUUCAUCAAACUGGUGCAUAUUCUUUCUCCCUCUCCUUUUUCCUCUUUUCACUUAGUGUGGUAUAAAUACUAAUUAAUUGAGCUCAUAAAUGUUAUUCAAAUAAAACGAUUGGAAUACUUCAUAUGUUUCCUUCUUGUACAGCUGCAAAUGUUGUGUCUGGAACUAUGAAUCUGUGCUGUAGACAAGCAUCAAGAAGGAAAGAUCCGAUCAAAGAAGCAAGGAAAAUACCUAGAGAAAUAGCGAACCCAGGAAGUCAGAUUUUUAAUGCUGCUUCUCUUUCUUUUUUAGAUGAUUAUAUUUCUUCCUUCCUUGAAUUUUAGAAGAUUUUGAAAGAGUGCUUACUUGAUGUGCUUUAACUGUGGCAUUUGCUUUUUAUGAUAGGAGGAAAAAAUCUGUGAUUCCUUGUAGCAGAAAAAAGGGAAAAGUGAAGGAAAAACAGCUUGACAUUUUAGCCUGUUUCAGAGGAGAGAGAACUUCAUGGUUCACCUGAGGCAAACUUAUCUGCUUGAAAGCUAAAAGCUUUAGAGUAUUUUUGAUUCUGCUAUAAAUGAAGAGGGGGUUUCUUUUUCAUACGUGUGUGGCAGCAAAGAGUGGGAAAGCAGGCAAGAUAGCGUGAUAAACAGUUCAGGCUGUGUUGGGUCUCUGGUGGAAAAAAAGUGCUGCAAUGAAAAGUGGAUUGGCUUUGGAUUGCAAAAACUUUUGAGUCCAACGAGCGGUUCAGUACCAAGAGGGAUUUCCCAACUGGCCUGGCACACCAGUGUCUGCACAAGUUCGGGUCUGUUGUUUCGCAUGGUUUGUGUGCCUUUUUUUCCCUUUAUGCAAUCUCUUUCAGCUUUAGCAGCAGAAAUACAUCAGAUGGAAAAGAUAUGCCAGAGGGCAGCUUGGAAAAGAUGAAUGUCAUAUAUAUACGUAUGUAUGUAUGUGCGUAUGUUUAAAUUUCUGCAACUGAACUUUUGAAGAAAAAUCUGUCUGGAGGAAAUUUUAAAAGCCUUAAGUUACUUGAAACCUACACAUUUGCAACUCUUUGUCUCUGGAAUUGCAUUACGCUAAACUGGAAUCUCAGGCUGUAUAAAGAUUAUAUCAAGUUGAGCAAAAAGAUGACUUAACCAUUUCUUGAGCGCCUCUUAUGAAGUAGCUGUUUCUCCAAAGGAUUAAGUGCACCCUCACUCUACAGACUCAAACAAAAAUGAACGUGAAUUUUUUUUUAAGUGUUACUUUUUCUUAGCCAACUGCCAUCAUCUUUUAUAGAGGAAUUUUUCACUAUGCAUUUGGUGGAUAUUUAUAAACACUGACCCCAUCCUCCUCCCUUUCAAUGAUCUAUCCCAGGUCAGUCUUAUCAAUAAAAAAGAAAAAAAAAUUGAUUUAAAUUUUGUGCACUAGACAUAUUACUUUCUUAUGUCAAAAAAUAAAAUAUUUCAAAAGCAUGUAUGCAGCAGUGGAACAUGGGCCUGUUCUCUGCAGCGAUUCCAACAUCCUCUGCCUCUCCUGGAAAGGGAGAGUCCCCAAAAGUGAGAAGGAGAAACCAGUGUGCAGGAGGCGGUACUAUGAGGAAGGCUGGUUGGCAACAGGCAAUGGCAGAGGAGUUGUAGGUGUCACUUUUACUUCCAGCCAUUGCAGGAGGGACCGAAACACCCCUCAGAGAAUCAACUUCAAUUUGAGGGGCCACAACAGUGAGGUUGUGCUGGUGAGAUGGAAUGAACCAUUCCAGAAAUUAGCAACCUGUGAUGCAGAUGGAGGAAUAUUUGUUUGGAUACAAUACGAAGGCAGAUGGUCGGUGGAACUUGUGAAUGAUCGUGGGGCACAGGUAAGCGACUUUACAUGGAGCCAUGAUGGGACUCAAGCGCUUAUCUCCUAUAGAGAUGGAUUUGUGCUGGUUGGUUCAGUCAGCGGACAGAGACACUGGUCUUCAGAAAUAAACUUGGAGAGUCAGAUAACCUGUGGCAUAUGGACUCCAGAUGACCAACAGGUACUGUUUGGCACUGCUGAUGGGCAAGUUAUCGUCAUGGACUGCCACGGCCGAAUGCUGGCGCACGUGCUCCUUCAUGAAUCAGAUGGCAUCCUCAGCAUGUCCUGGAACUACCCUAGCUUCCUGGUGGAGGACAGCAGUGAGAGUGACACAGACUCUGACGACUAUUCCCCACCACAAGACGGACCAGCUGCGUAUCCAGUCCCAGUACAGAACACCAAGCCACUACUUACUGUCAGCUUCACGUCGGGAGACAUCAGUUUAAUGAAUAAUUACGAUGACUUAUCUCCUACUAUCAUCCGCUCAGGGUUGAAAGAUGUGGUGGUGCAGUGGUGUACACAAGGAGACUUACUGGCAGUAGCAGGCAUGGAGAAGCAAAGCCAGCUGGUUGACCUAAGCAAUGGUUCCCUGUUGAAAAGCGCACUUGUCAAGUUCUACAAUGUGCGUGGGGAACAUAUCUACACUCUGGAGACACCUGUGCAGCGUCCCAUCAUCUCCAUCUGUUGGGGUCACAGAGAUUCGCGCCUGCUGAUGGCUUCCGGACCUGCAUUGUAUGUUGUCAGAGUGGAGCACAGGGUCUCCAGCCUGCAGCUGCUGUGCCAGCAGACCAUUGCUAGCUGCCUGCGGGAUGACAAGGAUAUCAGCAAACUGACCCUGCCCCCUCGGCUCUGCUCGUACCUCACCACUGCCUUUAUACCAACAAUCAAGCCUCCUAUCCCAGACCCAAACAACAUGAGAGAUUUUGUCAGCUACCCAACAGCUGGUAAUGAACGGCUUCACUGCACGAUGAAGCGGACAGAAGAUGACCCAGAGGUUGGCGGUCCAUGUUAUACUCUGUACCUGGAAUACCUGGGGGGACUGGUGCCUAUACUGAAGGGACGUCGCAUUAGCAAGUUGCGGCCGGAGUUUGUCAUCAUGGAUCCUAAAACAGAUGGAAAAGCAGAUGAAAUCUAUGGAAACAGCUUGAUUUCCACUGUGAUUGACAGCUGCAACUGCUCUGACUCCAGCGAUAUCGAACUGAGUGAUGACUGGGCAGCAAAGAAAUCUCCCAAAAUCAGUCGAGCUAGCAAAUCACCCAAACUCCCCAGAAUCAACAUAGAGGCUCGCAAAUCUCCAAAGAUGUCACGAGCUGCGCAGGAGAUAUCAAGAUCACCAAGGAUGCCAAUAAGGAAACCUUCUAUUGGUUCACCAAGCCUAACCCGAAGAGAGUUUCCUUUAGAAGAUAUUACUCAGCACAACUACCUUGCUCAGGUCACAUCUAAUAUCUGGGGAACCAAAUUUAAAAUCGUGGGUUUGGCUGCUUUCCUACCAACUAACCUUGGUGCAGUAAUAUAUAAAACCAGUUUGCUGCAUCUGCAGCCCCGGCAGAUGACAAUAUAUCUCCCAGAAGUGCGGAAGAUUUCAAUGGACUACAUUAACCUGCCUGUCUUUAAUCCAAAUGUUUUCAGUGAAGACGAAGAUGAUUUACCAGUGCCGGGCGCGCCGGGCGCCCCUGCCAGCAGCCCGCCGUGCACCGUCAACAUCCCCAUCGCCCCCAUCCACAGCUCGGCACAGGCCAUGUCGCCCACCCAGAGCAUCGGCCUCGUCCAGUCGCUGCUGGCCAAUCAGAACGUGCAGCUGGAUGUGUUGGCCAAUCCGCCGGCGGAAGCGGGGGGCGAGGGGGCGGGGCCAUUCCCAGGGCCUCCGGGUCGUUUCCCCGGGCCCGGGGCAGGGGGCGAUAUGGGCCGCGCUGCCCCUGUGCCCCCGGCUCUCGCCCCGCCACCUCCCGCGCCCCCCGCCAUCACCCUGGCCGACCUGCGGGACCAUGGCGACCGUGAGCACGAGCCCCUGCCCAAGGCCAAGGCCCCACGGCCGGCGCCACAGCUGGUGGAAGGGGACGCCGUCAUCUUCGGCGCCACUCCGGAGCUGCAGCUGAACAAGAUGAACCCGCCGCCACCCUACCCUGGCACCAUCCCCACUGCACCUCCUGCUGCCCUGCCACCACCCCCUGGCCCCCCACAGCCACCCCUCGACCUCUGCCUGAAAAAGGGGGAGUUCUCCCUUUACCCGGCAGGGCACUACCAGACACCACUGGGGUAUGAGCGGAUAACCACGUUUGACAGCAGCGGGAACGUGGAGGAGGUGUGCCGGCCUCGCACCAGGGUGCUCUGUGCACAGAGCACAUACACCCUGCCGGGGCCCGGCAGCUCUGCCACCUUGCGUAUCACCGCUGCAGAGAAGAAGAUGCAGCAGCCCUGCACCAGCGCCACCCUGAACCGACUCACGGUCCCCCGUUACUCCAUCCCAACCGGGGACCCGCCACCCUACCCUGACAUCGCCAGCCAGCUGGCCCAGGGCAGAAGCAUCGCGCAGAGGCUGGACAGCAGUAUCAUUCACGCGACUCUGCGGAGGAACAGCAGAGAGGCAGCCUUGAAAAUGGCUCAGCUGGUGGAUGGUCAGAGAGCCACCUUGCAACUUCCCCCGAAAGCCAAGAGCAAUGUCAUGACUGCGCAGUACCAGCAAAGAGUACCCACCGCCUUGUACACCUGCAGCCAGUGCAGCAGCAACAACGGCAGUGGUGGCGGCAGCAACCCAAGCGCUGGUGGUGUGGGCAGCAUCACUAGUGCCAACGCUAGUAGCAGCACUUCCAGUAUUGGUGGCAUGAGAUCUGAUCUGAGCACUGGCAGUGCCUCCCAGCACAGCUCCGUCAUGGCUCACUCUGUCAGUACUUCGCCUCUGGCCUCCCAGUCCUCCUACAGCUUGCUGAGCCCGCCUGAUAAUUCCCGUGACCGAGCGGAUUAUAUCAACUCCGCCUUCACGGAGGAUGAGGCUCUAUCUCAGCACUGCCCAGUGGAGAAAUCAAUACGGCACGCACCCAUGUCCCUGGCGGAGGCUGCUCUCAAUGUAAAACGGCCACCGCCAUACCAGUGGGACCCUAUGGUGAGUGAAGAGAUAUGGGUUCCUCAGGAAAGGACAUCUCAGAGCUCAGUGCCCAACCCUCUAAAACCGACUCCUCUUAUUAUUGGUCAAACUCAACAUCUAGAUAUGUCUCGAGUACCAUUUGUUUCCCCCAAAUCUCCAACCAGUCCCACUGCCACUUUCCAGACGAGUUAUGGGGUUGGAGUACCUUACCCAGGAAACUACAGUGCCCCUCCCCUGCAGGGAAUGCAGCCUCCCUGCUCCCCCAAAGAAGCUCUGGCUCCAACACAGUUUGCACAGCAGGAGCCCACAGUUGUGCUUCAGCCAGGUUAUCCAUCCAACCUCUCCUAUUGCCCUUUGCCACCCAUGUACCCGGGAAGUAGCGCCUGCUCUAGUUUACAGCUACCACCAAUCGCCUUGCACCCAUGGAGUUCCUACAGCACCUGCCCACCCGUACAGAACCCCCAGGGCACCUUGCCCCCCAAACCACUCCUUGUGGUGGAGAAGCCGGUGAUGUCUCCCCCGCCGGCAGAGCUGCAGGGCCAUGUGGGCACAGAGGUGAUGGUGGAGACGGCAGACACCUUCCAGGAAGUGCUCUCCUUGACAGAAAGCCCCGUUCCUCAAAGGACAGAUAAAUUUGGCAAGAAGAGCCGGAAGCGCUUGGACAGUCGAGCUGAGGAAGGAAACGUGCAGGCUAUCACUGAGGGCAAGGUCAAAAAGGAGGCAAGGACGCUAACUGACUUCAAUUCGCUAAUAUCCAGCCCUCGGCUGGGGAGGGAGAAGAAGAAGGUUAAGAGCCAGAAAGACCAGCUGAAAUCCAAGAAGCUAAAUAAGACAAAUGAGUUUCAGGACAGUUCAGAGAGUGAGCCAGAGCUUUUUAUCAGUGGGGAUGAACUGAUGAACCAGAGCCAGGGCAGCAAAAAAGGUUGGAAAACCAAAAGGAGUUUGAGGACAGCCAGUGAACUGGAUGAAUUCAAGUGCCGGAAGGCCAGCGAGAAGGAGGAUGGCAGGCUGGGGAGCCAGGGCUUUGUAUAUGUGAUGGCCAACAAGCAGCCGCUCUGGAAUGAGGCGACACAAGUCUACCAGCUGGACUUCGGAGGGCGGGUGACCCAGGAGUCAGCAAAAAACUUCCAGAUUGAGCUGGAAGGACGACAGGUGAUGCAGUUUGGAAGGAUUGAUGGCAAUGCUUAUAUUUUGGACUUUCAGUAUCCAUUUUCUGCAGUGCAAGCCUUUGCUGUUGCUCUGGCUAAUGUGACUCAACGCCUCAAAUGAACAAGCAGAGACUGAAGAGAGGAAAAUGUUAACCUCAGAAAGUCCAACCCGGAAAAUGUCAGGGCAGCCUGCUUUAGGUGUGCAGAGGUGCCUGGGAGUGAAGAAGGCAGUAAAACUGGAAAAGUCUCUUGGUGCCCAACAGAAGGGCAUUAACUCUAAUCAGUCAUGGGGUAGAGGGUGGGGGGCUGUUUUCUGUUUCAUUUGUUUGUUUGUUUUCAGGUGUUUGUUUUUUUUCCUUUGAAGCAUUGUGCUGGGUCUCAGAAAGAGCAAGGGUUGAGAGCCAUUCAGUGUUACUUGGAGAAGUGUGGCUUUUGGCUUGUGGUGGUUCUGCCGUGUUUGCUACAGUAGCUCAUGUAAGCUCAUAGGGGGAUUAAAAAAGACUGCUCUUUUUGAUAGACUGCCUUAUAUCAUGUUGUUCUUUUUAAAACAGGGAACAUAACUUUUUUUCUGGUCCAGUUUGUACUACUACUACAUCAGUAAUAGCAGCAACAAAACAAAAAAGAAAAAAAAAGAAGCUAUAAUACUUGAAGACACAUGUUUCUUCUUUGAUAUCUGAUAGUAACUGAGCAUCACAGGUUCCAAGGAGGCGUAUGUAGGUCAAUUUUUAAUUUAUAAAUAAUGAUGUAUUAUUAAGAAGAGAAACAGUUGUUACCAAUGGGUGGUUUAAAACCCCACUGUAUUGAAGAAGUUGA